AUGUCAAGAUAGUUAAGGUUAUGGUCGUUAUAAUAUAAUAUCAAAAUAAUUUUGAUUUGAGUGAAUUUUUAUUUUUGCUUAUCUGGAUACAAUUACAAAAAUAUGGGGUCUAGUGAUAGUGAAACAAACGUGAAAAGUAGGGAAAUAAGUAAAUCAGCUAACGAUGAUGAUCGUAGACGAUCACCUAAACGAAAGCAUUCAAGCGAUGAAGAUAAAUAUUCGAAAAAAUCUAGGCGAGAUGAUUAUGAUAAGCAUGAAAAGACACGCAGAAGAUCACCAAGCUUAAGUCGAGAUACUAGAUCAGAUGAUAGAGAUCGUAGAAGUAGAUACGAUCGGAGCAGACGAGAUCAUUACCAUCGAAUUCGACGUAGACCCGACAGCAGAGAACGGAUGUUUCAAAGGAUAAGUAAUUACAGAGAUUUAGAUAAUCCCGAUAAUAAUUAUAAACGAUAUUGGGAUGACGACAAAAAAGCCAAGUAUGAAUCCGACGACGAAGAUAAAACUGUUGGAAGUCGUUAUUAUGAUACUGAAAGGAAGAAUGACGAGAAGAAAGAAUCGGAAAAACCAGCAGAUCCAGAAGUUAUCACACCAAGACAAAAGAAAACAGUAGAUUUACUUACAUCGAAAACUGGUGGAGCGUAUAUACCACCAGCUAAGUUGCGUAUGAUGCAAGCUGAAAUUACCGAUAAAAGCUCAGCAGCUUAUCAACGUAUUUCUUGGGAAGCAUUAAAAAAAUCUAUACACGGUUUUAUUAAUAAAGUUAAUACUGGUAACAUAGCUUUAAUUAUUAAAGGAUUAUUAAAAGAGAAUAUAGUACGUGGUCGAGGUUUACUUUGUAAGUCGUUAAUUCAAGCUCAAGCAGCCUCACCUACUUUUACACAUGUGUAUGCCGCUUUAGUUGCUGUGAUCAACUCUAAAUUUCCUAACAUUGGAGAAUUACUACUGAAACGAUUAGUUUUACAAUUUAAACGCGGUUUUAAGCGAAAUGAUAAAACAAUUUGUAUAUCAUCCUCAACAUUUAUUGCACAUUUAGUAAAUCAAAGAGUUUCUCAUGAAAUAUUAGCCUUAGAAAUUUUAACAUUGUUAGUCGAAACCCCCACAGAUGAUUCUGUUGAAGUUUCGAUAGCAUUUUUAAAGGAAUGCGGACAAAAACUAACAGAGGUUUCCUCGAAAGGUAUCAAUGCAAUUUUUGAGAUGUUACGAAAUAUUUUACACGAAGGGCAUUUAGAUAAACGAGUGCAAUAUAUGAUUGAAGUGAUGUUCCAAAUUCGAAAAGAUGGGUUCAAAGAUCAUGCUGCUGUUAUCGAAGAACUAGAUUUAGUUGGGGAAGAGGAUCAAUUUACCCACUUAAUCACUCUUGACGAUGUAAAAGCUGGUGAAGAUAUUUUAAAUGUUUUCAAAUUCGAUGGAGAUUUUGAGACAAAUGAAGGCAAAUAUAAGGCUUUGAGUAAAGAAAUUUUACAAACUGAUUCAGAAUCGGGAUCUGGUUCGGAGGAAGAAGAUGAAUCCGAUGAAGAUUCUGAUGAGGACGCUGAAAAUAAAACUGAUAACAACGUAAUAAUCGACAAUACGGAAACAAAUCUAAUUGUACUUCGGCGAACAAUUUAUUUAACGAUUCAAUCUAGUUUAGAUUUUGAGGAAUGUGCCCAUAAGUUAAUGAAAAUGCAAUUGAAACCUGGCCAAGAAAUGGAAUUGUGUCAUAUGUUUUUGGAUUGUUGUGCGGAACAAAGGACAUACGAGAAAUUUUAUGGGUUACUUGCACAGCGAUUUUGUCAAAUAAAUCGGAUUUAUGUUGGACCGUUUGAGCAAAUUUUUAAAGAUUCAUAUGCGACAGCACAUAGGUUACCUACGAACAAACUUCGUAAUGUGAGUAAAUUCUUUGCACAUUUAUUGUUUACGGACGCAAUUGGAUGGGAGUGUUUGGAUGUUAUGAAACUGAAUAAAGACGAUACAACUAGUUCAAGUCGAAUAUUUAUCAAGAUUUUAUUCCAAGAAUUAGCAGAAUUUAUGGGUUUAACAAAACUAAAUGAUCGGCUUAAAGAUCCAACAUUACAAGAAUCAUUUUCUGGCCUUUUCCCACGUGAUAAUCCAAAGAGUACACGUUUUGCAAUCAAUUUUUUCACAUCUAUUGGACUGGGUGGACUCACAGAUGAACUUCGUGAACAUAUUAAAAAUGUUCGUGCAAAAGAAUCACCUGAUAUAGCAAUAAUCCCAUCCGAAGAAAAGCAAAAAAAUAAUGAAAAAUCUUCAUCUUCAUCCUCUUCGUCAUCGUCAUCUUCCGACAGUAGUUCUGAUAGUAGUUCGAGUUCAAGUUCGUCAGACGACAGCUCAUCCGAAUCGAGUUCAUCAAGUGAUGAGAAAUCAAAGCGUAAAAAACACUCAAAUAAAAAAAAAGUAAUAGAAUCAAAAAAUAAAAAAAACGAUAAGGAACGAGAAAGGGAACGAGUUAGAGAGAAGGAGAAAAAUCACAAACAUCAAAGUUCUAAAAAAAGAAAAUAAAUCAAUAAUGAUGUAUAUUUAAAUUCUUUAAGAAUACAGAAAACACAAUUUUUAUGUUUUA